AUCGCUUGUUAUGGGUGAACGCCUAGUCAUGUAGUAGAUUUAAACAUAUCAUCUAAAGUGUAUUUCUUAUGAGAUAAUAAUCAGAUUCGACUUUGGCAUCAUACUAAAUCGUCUUUAAUGAGACAAAAGGUUACAUGCGCUUAAUGUGAUGUACUGCUGAUAAUCUGGGAAACGCAAAAAACUAGCCGUAUGAUAGUAAAACGGAAUGAGGUGUUAACAUGGGGAUUGACAUCGCCAAAACUACAUGGAUCUCAUUUACGAUUUCCGCACAUUGUUUCUCGCUAGUCACGUGUUAUUUGAGGACCGCAGUGUUUUCUAUGGACCAUAACUGUUCACCAGAUCAUGCAUUCACAAGACAUAUUGGAGAAACUCAUAGCGUUGUUGGUAAGAUAGAAUGUGGGAACAUUUGCUUGGAGAGGAACUGGUGUGGAUCCUUCAAUAUUGAGAAAAGAGGGAACACGUCUACGCGCCAAUGCCAAAUCAACCGGGGAAAACCAAUAGAUUGUACUUGGUUGGAUUUCACCCCUGGUUUUUUGCACUUCCAAAUUGAGAAAAAAUCUUCACCAUCGGAAUCGCAAUGUCCAGAUAGUUGGGUUGAUAUAAAGGCCGCAUACUACCAUAAUAAUCACCUCUUUGCGAUCUCAAGAAUGAAUCCAACUUAUCCAACGGACUAUUUUCCUUCUGAAACGUUGACAUCAUGGGCGUAUUCAAUGCCGCAGGGAACUGAUGUUUUACCCAGCCCCUUCUCGGUUGAAUCAUUUCUCACGGGUCCCGGUAUGACUCUGGAGGAUUGGGAAGGUGACAUAGACGGUGUCUUACUGCGUGAGACCGGACUGUGGGACAGGUCAGCGGAUCAGGGAGUAGAUCCCCCAACUGAUGUCCUUUAUUUUAUCAGAGGCAACAACGUAUAUCCAGUUAACAGUGCGAUGUCGUUUACUGAUGUUUCUGAGACUUUGAAGCCUUGGCCUAAGACCCUCACACAAGUCUUUGGUACAAACGCACCGUCACAAAUAGACGCUCUACUAGACUAUGACGAAAAGACAACAUAUCUGUUUAAGAACGACUGGGUCUUUAAAUCAGUAAGACCGACUCAGCAAGACUUUAUGAAUACUGUAAAUGAAGUGACAGUGAUGCACAUUCGUGACCCUAAUCCCGAUAACGUUUGGAUUGGAGCUCCAACUGGUAUUACUGCCAUAAGUCCGUUACCGAGUGGCAAUGUGGCAAUCUUUGUGCGUAACACAUAUUACUUGUAUAGUCCUUCUGACGGGCGAGUCAUAUCUACAACUUGUGUGGGUGGAUAAGCAUGGAUUGACCAGACGCGUACUAGAAUGGACCCGGCCCCUUUUGUUUUCUAAAAAAAUUAAUCCAUGACAGAGAAUAUUUUUGGCAUAAUUGUAAUACGCCAUUAUUAAGAAAAUCGGGAAUCGACAUUUUGGGUCAUACUAAGUUUAUUAGCUAUUGUAACCUGUAAAGUUCUGGGAGUGACAUUAAAUAAUUUAUUAAGCCAUGACGGAUGUCAUCAGGAUAGCUUUGUCAGUUCCUGAGAUCCUCAAGAUAAUACAUGGACUAGUACACCAAGUUUGUUUUGCCAGCUUUGGAC